UCAGAUGAAAGCACUUCCGGUAAGAACAAAAUAUAGUUGUCCGGUCACAGUUGGAGAAGAAAACAGCAUCUGCAACCAGAUUGAAGGCAUUUGGCCUGAAUGUGAGAUUUUCAUACCAACAGACAUUUCACAGAAAUGGCCGAGUGAGAAAGAUGAAUGUCCAUUAUCCAACAGAAAUCCAUCCAAUGUCUCUCUAAGUAGUGCCAAGAAACCUGUGUUGAGCAGAAGUUCAUCGCAUUCUGCCAAUUCUGUAUCUCCUAACAAUGGACCACCAUCUUCACAGAAACGACAGAGACAGAUACAUGAUUGUCCAUCAUCUUCACACCCCAUAGUCUCGCUUAGAGGUGCCAAGAAACCUGUGUUGAGCACAAGGUUAGAUACACCAUCCAAUUCACCACAUUCUGCCAAUUCUGUGCCAUCAUAUAAGAGCAGGCGCAGUGCUUCAAGCAAGGUUAACUUUCUUGGCAGAAGAAUUGCCCAUAAGUGGAAUAUUGAAGAAGAUACGAACAAACAGCGGUGGUUUAAUGGUACAGUGCUCAGUGUGGUGAGCGGGAAAGACGGGAAUGUGGAUGCAGUUUAUGAAAUUCUCUAUGAUGGGGACAGUGAUUCUUAUGAAGUGGACAACCUACGUAAAGAUUACAGUGAAUCAUCUGUUAGAUUCAUUGAUGUGUAAAUAGCCUGUGCAGUGCUUCAAGAAAGUUAACUUUCUUGGCAGAAGAAUUGCCCAUAAGUGGAAUAUUGAAGAAGAUACGAACAAACAACGGUUGUUUGAUGGUACAAUAAGUUUCAAUGCUUUUUUGAGCCCUUUAUGAUAAAUAUUAUU